AUGGGCUCGAUCGUCCUGCCUCAUCUCCGGACCGCCUGGCACGUCGACCAGGCCAUUCUCUCCGAGGAAGAACGGCUCGUGGUGAUCCGAUUCGGCCGUGACCACGAUCGCGACUGCAUCCAGCAAGAUGAAGUCCUCUACAAGAUUGCCGAGCGCGUGAAAAAUCUCGAUGCAGAUUUCGCCGUCAUCUACCUCUGCGACGUCGACGAGGUGCCCGACUUCAACACCAUGUACGAGCUCUACGACCCCAUGACCAUCAUGUUCUUCUACCGCAAUAAACACAUGAUGUGCGAUUUCGGCACGGGAAACAAUAACAAGCUCAACUGGGUCCUGGAGGAUAAGCAGGAGCUGAUCGACAUUAUUGAGACGAUCUACAAGGGUGCGAAGAAGGGGCGUGGUUUGGUGAUCAGUCCUAAAGAUUACUCGACGAGGUACCGGUACUGA